UACAAGUCGAGGUGAAAGCCCAUAAGCAGCAAAUCUCCAGAGUCCUAGAAAAGGGAAAUGCUAUGGCAGAAGAUAUGUGCAUGCCCUCUCUGAGAAUCAAAGAAAAGUGCCAGGAACUGAGCAAAAACUGGUUGGAGCUGGAGGAAGCAUGUGAUGAAAAAAUAAAGCAGCUGCAGCAGUCAGUUGCUCACCAUCAGUUCUUAAUGGAUAUUUGGGACCUGGAGAAUUGGGUGGCAGAGAAGCUUCCGCUGGUCACCAACAAAGACUGUGGCAAUGAUGAAGCUGCAACUCUUAAACAUAUAACGAAACAUAAGGCUCUGGAGCACGAAAUUGACAUUUAUCAGAACUUAGUAAUGGAACUACAGGAAACUGCCAAAACUCUGCCAGUUUCAGGCUCCAUCCACUAUGAUGAAGUUGAUGUGCCUCAAAGACAGGUCCACACAAAGCUUCAAGAGCUACAAAUGUUGGCCAAUGCAAGGGGUAAAAAGUUAGAGGAGACUCUUGUACUGCAUGACUUCCUGAGAGAAUAUGAAGAUCUUGAGGACUGGAUCAAUGAGCAGAAACGGGUGGCCAGUUCUGAAGACUAUGGAGCUGAUUAUGACCAUGUCCUUCUUCUUUGUGCCAAAUAUGAAAAAUCUCAGCAUCAGAUGGAAAUUGCUGCCCAGAGAGUUGCUGCAUGUCAUCAGCUAGCACAGAACAUGUUGGAUCAUGGCCAUUUUGAAUCCAGGGAGAUUCGGAAAAAGCAGAAAGAGUUGAGGAGCAACUGGCAGGAGUUGCUGGAGAUGACAAACUAUCAAGGCAAACGAUUACAAGAUGCUGAAGCAAUUUACAAGUGCCUGCAGGACCUGAUGGAAGCUCUCAGCCACAUUGAGGAGAAACUAAAGACCAUCCCAGAUUCCAUUGCUAAAGAUCUGAGCGGUGUGCAGUCCCAGCUACGUAAGCAAGCAACUCUUGAGCAUGAAUUAUUUGGGAAUGAGCAGCAGCUGCAUGUUUUGAUUGAUACUGCAGAUGGCGUGCUUCGCCUGUGCUCUGAGAGGCAAGCAGAGAUGAUCAAGGCAAAGCAAGAGGCCUUGGUGGAGAAUUGGGAAUUCUUGCGAUGUAAAGUAGAACAAAGCAGGGAGCAGCUGGAACAUGCUUGCAGAUUAUACCGCUUCCAAACCCACGUAUGGGAUUAUUCUUCCUGGGCAUCUGAGAUGACAAGAGAAAUGGCAGUUGAAGAGACCAUUCGAGAUGUAUCUACCAGUGGUCUGAAGAUUAAUCAGCAUCAGCAGUUACUGCCAGAGAUUGAGGCUCGAGCUGAGAUUUAUGAACGAGUAUUACAGCUAGGACAAGAGCUGCUGCUAGAACAGAAAACGGCAACAAGAGAAAUCCAAGGUGCAUUACAAACUCUGCUAGAAGCAAAACACAGAGUGUACCAGAUAUGGGCAGAAAAGAAGGAAUGGUUGGAGAAGAUCCAUCUUUUGCAGAUAUUUUACAGAGAUUGUGAAUACCUAGACAACAUCUCAAACUCCCAGGAGAUGUAUUUGAAAAGCUGUGACUUUGGAAGUAGUGUGGAUGAAGUGGUGCAGCAGAUCAAGAAACACGAGGCUUUUGAGAAGAUUCUAGCCUCCCAGGAAGAAAAGGAACUAUCUCUUCAGGAGCAAGUGGAAAGACUGCAACCAGGUAGUGAGUUGGAGGUAAUGCAGAUCCAACGCAGGCUCAUUGUGGUGUUACACAAAAGAAGAUGCAUCAAAGAUCUUUCUCAAAGUAGACAAGAAAAACUGCAGGUGGAACUCCUGCAGGCUCUAUUUUACCAGAGUCUAACUGAGGCAGAGAGGUGGAUUGAUGAACGCAUGCAAAAGAUGAAGGAUCCUUCUUUUCAAAACUUCAGCAAGCCAUGUGACAAAAUGAAGCUUCUUCAGAAGCAUCAAGUCUUUGAGGCUGAGAUUCUGGCUCAUCAGGAUAUGAUUGCAACUGUUAAUAUGAGAGGAGAAGCCCUACUACACCAUAACCUUCCCAAAUCGAAAGAGAUCCGCCAAAAGGUUUACUUGCUUCAAGAACAGUGGGAAAUGUUGAAACAGGCUGUCGCUGCUCAUGGAAAGAUGCUUGAGGAUAGCAGGGAUUUUCUUGAAUUUCUACAAAAAGUCGACCAUGCAGAGGCUUGGAUCAGAGAGAAGGAAGUCAUGAUUAAUAUUGGUGAUGUGGGGAAUGACUAUGAACACUGCCUUCAGCUUAUGAGAAAACUAAAUGAAUUCCGAGGAAUGUCAGAAGGAGUAACAGUGGAUGAGGCUCAUAUCAAAGACAUCAAUGCUCUUGCUCUGCGAUUGGAGAGGCAGAAUGCGGAAGAGAUGAAAAUAAUAUACCAACGCCAAGAACAACUCAAUGAAAGGUGGAACAGUUUCCAUGGUGAUCUUAAAGCAUAUAGGAGGAAGUUGGAAGAAGCCCUGCAGAUCCAUGCUUUGAUUAGAGAAAUUGAUGACGUCACAGAGAGGAUUGGUGAAAAGAGUACACUGAUACAAGCACUGGAUUAUGGAAAAGAUGUUGAAAGUGUAGAAAAUCUGCUUCGGAGACAUGAUGAAAUGGAAAGAGAAAUUGGCAUCAUUCAAUCCAAGAUAGAGUCACUGGAACCAGAACUGUGCCAAAUUUGUGAAAGGAAUCCAUCCACUAUCAGUAACAAACUGACUACAAAACAAAAGGAAAUGAGAAACCACUGGUUACGGCUCCAGAAUCAGGCCAAUCGAAGGGGUGAGAAGCUGACAGCCUCUUAUCAGUUACAGAAGUUUAACUCUGAACUGAAGGAAUUACUAGAUUGGAUUCAGGAAGUCAAAAGUCAGAUGCAAGUUGGAGAUCUUCCUAAAAGUCUAGCUGAAGCAGAAAGUCUGAUAGAGGAGCAUCAAGAAAUAAAGGCAGAGAUUGAAGCUCAAGGGGAAAGGUUUGGUGUUCUCAGCAACUACGGUCAGAAACUUGGCAAUUCUGGCCAUUAUGCAGCUCCUGAGAUCCAUCAUUCCCUCAUCAGAUUACAACAAGCAUUGAAUGAAAUGAUCCAGGCCUGGCAAGAACAAAAUUUAAAACUGCUUCAAGCCAGGGACUUACAGACAUUCCUUGGUUAUGUGGAAGAGAGUGAAAGUUGGCUAAGCAGCAAAGAGGCCUUCCUGACAAACAAAGAUUUGGGGGAUUCAGUGUCCAGUGUGGAGAGUCUGCAGCAAAAGCACAUGCAAUUUGAAGAGGACUUGAAAACGCAUCUGGAGAAGAUUGAUACAAUAGUUUUCUUUGCUCACCAGCUGAAGGACAGUCAGCAUUAUGAUUCUGAGAAUAUAAUGACUAAGUGCCAGGCUGUUUUGAGAAGAAAGGAAAAACUUCUGGAAAUCACUUUAGUUCGCGGGCGUCUGCUGGAGGAGUCAUGGCUACUACAAAAAUUUCUGCAUGAUUCUUUUGAGAUAGCUGCCUGGAUGAGUGAAAAAAACAGUAUUGCCCUUGAUGAGAGCUGGAGAGAUCCAAGCAAUCUUCAGGCUAAACUGCAAAAGCACCAGACUUUCCAGGCAGAGAUUGUGGCUAACAGCAACCAUCUCAACAGAAUCAAAACAGAAGGAGAGAAAAUGCUCCAUGAAGGACAUUAUGCUUCUGAUGUCCUCCAGUCUAGACUCCAGGAAAUAGAUGAACUUUGGGAUGAGUUGCUGGAAAACUGUGAGGAAAAGAAAAGAAAAUUUCUGGAUGCUUACAAGGCUGUGCAAUUUCUACAUAUUGUAGACGAUGUGGAUAAAUGGUUGGAAGAUCUAGACAGUGAGAUGAAAACAACAGAAAGCAGUGAUAAUCUACUGAUUCUGAAUGAUCUCCUAAAGAAACAGGAAGAAUUGGAAGCCAGCUUUGCUGCCCACAGGGACCAGAUCCAAAGUCUGAUCAACACAGUGCAAGAACUCCAGCAGGAGAAACAUUUUCUAGCAGAUGAGAUAGAGAUCAGAGUGGACCAGGUGGUACACAGAUACAAAAGUUUUAGGGAGCCACUCCAGGAAAGGCGGCAAUGUUUGGAAGCCAACAGAUUGCAGUACCAGUUCCUCCAGGAUGUCAAUGAGGAGUUGACCUGGAUUCAUGAGAAACUCCCUCUGGCAUCUUCCAGAGACUAUGGCCAAUCUCUGGCAACCAUACAGAGCUUACAGGAAAAGCACCAGAAUUUAGAGAAUGAGAUUAACAGCCAUGAUGCUUUGACUAAAGCAGUUAUCAACUCUGGGCAGAAGCUGGUGAAGGAAAAGCAGAUUGCUUCCCAGACAGUCAUGGAACAAGUAAAGGAAUUGACCAUUUCCUUUGAAAAUCUGAAGGAUGAAGCUCAGGAAAGAAGAUGGAGGCUUGUACAAUCUCAUGAAGCCCAGCAUUUCCUCAGUGAGCUUUUGGAAGUGGAAUCCUGGAUGGCAGAAAGGGGGCUUUUGCUAGAAAUCACAGAUUAUGGGAGAAAUGAAGAAUCAACUCAAGUACUGCUACAUAAAAUGGAAGCUACCAAGCUUGACCUAGAGGGAUUUAAAUCCCGAAUUGAGAAGCUGAAGGAAACAGGAGACUACCUCUUGAACAGUAACAACCCAGAGAGUUCAACUUUCCUGCCCAAACUCCAGGCUGUUUCAGAACAAUACCUUUCUCUCCAGGAAAGAGCAGAGAGACAAAUAAAAGGUUUGCAGGAACAAUCUCAACUGCAUCAGUUUGAGAGAGAAACCCAGUUAGUGGAUGCUUGGCUGUUGAGCAAACAGAAUAUGGCUGAAUCAGAUAACUAUGGUCAGGAUUUGGAGAAUGUGGAGGUUCUAGAGAAAAAAUUUGAAGAUUUUAUGAAAGAGGUAGAAUCUCUAGGCCGUGCCAAGAUCCUCCUGAUAAAUAAUUUAGCAUCCCAUCUUAGAACUGGGUGUCAUAGUCAGAUAAGCCACAUCCAAAAGAAGACCCAGUAUAUCCAUGACAGAUGGGAGAGAUUGCAGCAAGCUGUCCAGACAAGAGCAGAGAAUCUCAGGGCAGCUCAUCAGGUUCAUCAAUAUGAUCGUGAUGUGGAUGACCUAAAAUGUUGGAUGCAGGAGAAAGAGGCUGUUGUGGACAGAGAUGAUUAUGGUUAUGACCUGCCUGGAGUUCAGACUCUCCUUAGCCAACAUGAAGGAGUGGAGAGGGAACUAGCGGCCAUCGCAAAAGAGCUGGAAAGGAUUAGAGGAGAGGCCUGGCAUCUGGGUCACCUCUACCCCCUGCCCAGGGAGAACAUGAUGAACAGACUUUCUGAGGUUGAUGAGUGCUGGGAGAAACUAGACAAGAAGUCUGCGGAAAGGAAGCUGAAAUUGCAGCAGGCUGAACAAGUCCAAAUCUACUUCAAUGACUGCAGAGAGCUGGUGGCCUGGGCAAGAGAGAUGCAGUCUCUGAUUGUCUCAGAGGAGUUAGCAAAUGAUCUUCUGGGGGUUGAAUUGCUUAUUAAACGCCACGAGGAAUACAAGCGUGACAUAGACAAGCAGUGGUUGAAAUAUGAAGAUCUGGAGCAGAUUGGAAAUAAUCUGGUGAAGGAAGGACACUUUAUGUGCAUGGAAAUCGAAGAGAAACUCUCUGAAUUAUUGGAGCUAAUGCAGAAAGUGAAGGAAUUCUGGGAUAUGAAGAAGGAUCUGUAUGAGGAAAACUGGGAGAUCCAAUUACUGAAAAGGGAGCUGGACUUUGCUGAAGCCUGGAUGACAGCCAAGGAGAGUUUUCUUUCAGAUUCAAAUUAUGGGAAUUCUGUCACUGACGUUAAACACCUGUUGAAGAAACAUCAAGACUUUGAAAAAAUGCUAGAGGCCCAAGAAGAGAAGUUUGUACAGCUGAAUAGAAAGACAAAGAAAGAAUUGAAGCUUCUGAAACAAAUGACUAUAGAAGAGAAUGAGCAAAUGCCAAAAUUGAUCAAAGUCCCCUCACUAAGAAGGCGACAUUCAGAUAGAAGAACCACAAUGCUUGAGCCAAAGAAAACUCAGCAACUACCACCUAUGUCUUCAGUUCCCAACUUAAGAGGGCCCCUUAAUGUCUCUCCUACCCAAAACUCCAAAGAGAGUUUGCACCAAUUCAGUCCUGAAGAAGACCUGAUGUUGACAAGCUCAGAUUAUAUAAGUGAUUCUCCUGAACCAAGAGUGCUUGGCUUACAGAAUUCCAUGCCAGAAACUGAGAAUUCUUUGCUUCUGUCAUUGACCUCAGACUUGAAAAUCCAGCAAUCUGAUAUUGGAUUUUCGCAGACACACAGUAGCAAUUUUAAGCCAUCAGAUGUGAAAAACAUUUGUGAAACUUCCACCUCUGAGUUAGAAACUAAUGAAAUGAAAACUCUGGAUGAUAAAGGAUCCCCUGACAUUUCCCAAACUUUUCUGCACUCAGAUUUAUCAUCGGAAGGAUCAGAAACUGCUUCCCAAAUUUCUGCAAAUCAAUAUACCAUGGAAGGUUUUCUAGAAAAGAGAGACCAGGCCCCUUCAAGAGGGAAACCGCUGAAGACAAGGGCUUGGAACACUUUUUAUGUUCAGCUUGGAAGACAAAAACUUGACUUCUAUAAUGAUGAGAAGGAUGUAAUUCAGAAAAUGCUUCCAGACUUAUCACUUAGCAUAGCUGGAGCCAGAUGUGAGAAGCUGACAGACUAUUCCAGGAAAAAAUAUGCCUUCAGCUUAAGAACAAGUGAUGGAGCAGAAUACUACCUUGCAGCAUCUUCUCAGAAAUUAAUGGAGGAUUGGAUGCAAGCAUUAUGGAGUAACUUGGAUCAUCAUAGCAGUCAGAAGGAAUUUUUAGUCAGUGCAAAUGUGGUGAAGCCUCAGAUAAAACCUCGGAUCUCUGCAGCUGGAACAUCUACUCAUAAACAGUCUGGCAAAGGUCUCCUUUUGAGGAAAACUCCUUCCUUCAAAGUGAAUCAAAAAGGAAGGCUUGCUGGAAGUUCCACUGAAUCAGAAGCAUCGAUGCAAAAUAACAGCAAAACCCUUGCUCAGAAUUCUGAAGAGUCUGAUACUUCUUCUGUGACUUCCAUGGAGUCAGAUCCAGCAGCUCUAUUGAUCUCCCUCCCUUGAUCAGAACUCCCUCAAAGUUAUAAUAAAAUACAACCUUAAAAUGAUGGAAAAGAGGAGGGAUUCUGGAGCAAGAAACCCUCAGUAAGGUUUACAAAGAAUAGGAGAGGGUGUUUUUCCUAGGCAGAUAUUAAAUGUCAUCAUAAAUUAUGUCUAUUUCUCUCACGAUUUUUAAUGUUAUACGUCACCUGAAGUCACUUGGGUAAUUGAAGCAGCUUAUAAAUUGAACAAAUAAAUAAAUGAAUUAUAGCUUAAGUUUAGAGGCAUGACUAUACUGGCUUUCUUUAUAUAUUAAUCAUUAUAUUACAUAGAUUUAAUUCUCACACUUAGUUGCCAUAAACUGAAGAAGAUUAAAUAAUAACAUUUUAUUUUGCAUAGCGAUGAAAUUGUUAUUAGUUUAUCCAAGGGACACUGCUAUCAGACAUUUAAAAAGGCAGAUAAGGGCAAUUUGUUUCUCUCUUUUUUCUUUUCCUUUUUAGCAACCUUUUUCCAAACAGUAAAUGUAAAACAAAUUCUUCCCCAAAUUGUAUAGAGGAAACGAAGGUCAAGGAGAACAUUAACCUUGUUAUUUUCUGGCAUGGGGAGGGAGCUACUCCUGUUAUACGGAGUGCCACUUUUUAAUAGUAUAAUAGAAUAAUAGAAUGGAAAGAUUGGAUGGUACCUUAGAGAUCACCUAGUCCAAGCCCUUGCCCAAUACUACAGGAUCCCAGAUAUAUGGCCAUCCAGCCACUACCAGCAAAGGAGAAUCCACCACCUGAAAAGGUCAUCUCUUGUGUUGUUGCACAGCUGUUACCAUUAAGAUUUCUACCCAUUAUUCCAGUUUGCCAAGAUCCUCCUGAAUUUUGAUGCUAUCCUCUAAGACAGUGUUUCCCAACCUUAGCAACUUUAAGAUCUGUGGACUUCAAUUCCCAGAAUUCCCCAGCCAGCCUAAGAUGUUUUCUGCUCUAAGAUGUUUUCUGUAACACACAUACAGAAGCUAUACAUUGUCUGCAGAUUUAAUAUUUUCUGAUCACUCAUCUGAGUUACAGUUAUGAAGAGCAGCACAAAGUAGAAUAGAGCCCUACAGCACAUCACUCAACACUUCUUCCCUAGCUUGCAGAGCCACUGAUGUGCACUUGUUUGGUAUUCAGUGACUCAAUUGCAUUACUGUAUCCAUUCAAUGGUAAUAUAGUCAUAUAAACUACUUUGUCAAAUGCUUUAUUGAAGUCAAGAUACAUGGCAUUCUCAUGGUCGAUUAUACUGGUUAUUCUGUCAGAAAAGAAUGUCAUGUUGGUUUGUUUCAUGCCAGGUCUUGCCAUGCACUGAAUUCUUUUCUAAAUGCAAGCCAAAUGCCUAAUAAUCUGUUACAGAGUUUUGCCUGGUGUCCAUUUCAAGCUGAAUUAUCUUUCUUCUCUUUUUGAAGUUAAGACCAACAUUUGCCCUUCUCCAAUCUUCUGACAUGGCACUCACCUUGCAUGAAAUCUCACAGAUUACAGAAAGGGGCUCUAAGGUGACAUCCACAAGCUCCUUCAAGAAACUUGUUGAAGUCCUAAAGACUUCAACUCAUUCACGGCAGCCAAGUGUUCCCUAAUCAUCUUUGUACUUACCUUGGGUACUUACCAUGUAUUUACCUUCCUUCUGUCAAUUGUUCUGCUUGGUUCUAGUUGAAUCUCCCCUUUGGAGAGACCAAAACAUAAUAGGAGCUGAAGUGCUCCGCCCUGUCCAACUUGCAUGUUGUAGUCCUACUAUCUUCUCCUAGCAGCAGGGCCAACCCCUCCUUUUCCUUCCUUUUACUACUGACAUAGUCCCAUAAGCCCUUUUUGUUGUGUUUAGCUUUCCUUUUUUUUUUUUAAUCCACACUCAAUCGUUACUGAUUC